AUGAAGUUCUCCAAAGAGACUGCCGUCUUUGAUGAUCACCUCGAUCCGAUAUGGUGGUUCAACGAAUACCUCAAGGCAGACGGCCAGCCUGCUAUCUGCGAUGAGACGUCGCACCGCAUGCCCAACGAUCACUACAUCACCUUCACCUGCGAAGGCGCGGAUUCCAACAUCGUGCCCAUGAUGAAGGAGGCGCUCAUUGCCGUUGUCAAAGACACGAUUGACAACACGACGCUGCCAAACGACCAACGCAUGUUCAUGCACCGUGAGGGUCUUUGCUGGGAUGGACACACGAACCUAUGCCACAUCACAACAGGGUAUCCUAGCACCGUCUUCCCACAGUCUGUGCAUGUUGCUGUUGCUAUUGAAGUCCCUGGUACCGACGGUGCUGGUGCACUGUCUGGAAACCUCCGCUACAGCAUCACUGACUCUUCGUCGAACAACUGCGGCAUGUGCUCGUAUCUAUCUACCAGCGGAGGAGCUGUUUCUGCUCUGACCAGUGUUGCUCAAGUAGUGAUGGGAUUUAGUGAGUUGAUCGUUCCUGGGAUCGCUGUUGCGAGCGCGGCUGUUAGUUCCUCAUGCUUGACUACGUGUAAGUAA